AUGAGUAUCCUAACCCACAAUGGAUCUGCUGUCAUUGCGAUGACUGGUAAAGACUGUGCAGCCAUAGCCUGUGAUCUUCGUUUUGGUGUUAAUUUGAGUACUAUUUCAACCGAUUUUACCAAAAUAUAUCCUCUCGGACCAAGACUUUAUGUGGGGUUUCCAGGCUUGGCUACAGAUAAUCAAACAGUAUUUCAGCGUCUACAGUUCCGUAAAAACAUGUACGAAUUGCGUGAAAAUCGAACCAUUAAACCCCAAAUCAUUACAACCAUGUUAUCCAAUUUACUCUAUGAACGCAGGUUUGGUCCGUAUUUUGUUGAGCCAGUUGUUGCCGGUAUAGAUCCUACUACUAAUAAGCCGUACAUCGCAUCCAUGGAUUUAAUCGGUUGCAUUCUUGAGGCCGAUGAUUUCGUUGUUAGCGGCACGUGCACAGAUCAAAUGUAUGGAAUGUGUGAAACACUGUGGGAGGAAAACAUGAAUUCGAAGGAAUUAUUCGAGUGUAUUUCUCAGUGUAUUUUAAACGCUCUGAAUCGUGAUGCCCUGUCUGGUUGGGGUGCUCGAGUUUACAUGAUAGAGAAAGAUGCUGUCACCAUUUCGGACCUGAAAAUGCGUAUGGACUGA